ACCGAAAAGAAGAUCACUAUGUAUACACGUUUGGCAUCGUAAAUAUCGUUUAAGCGCUUGCGUAUUAUUCUGAGAUAUUAGCCUUUUCAAAGGCAACAUGCGCAGAAUGAAUGAAAUUUGCCUUUGAGUAAGUAUGUUCUCUGAUGACUCAAUAUUAGUACAAAAAAUAAUAUCCAUAAAUGUGACUUUUAUGAACAAUCUUAUGUGUUCGUAACUUCAUGACUAAGUUGGAGUUUUUAAACAUGAAUAUAGCAUAGAGUAAUUAUUAAAUGGAAUACAACACGGUGGUUAUAUGUUACGAACGUAGUCGUGUGGACGCGACAUAUAAUAGUAUUUGAUCGUUGACUGUCGAGUAAAGAAGUUCCAAUUUAAAAGAAAAAAACAUUUGAGUUGAAUAGAAGCAUUUAAAAGACAAGUGUGUGUAAUUUAUCGAAGUCGAUAAUAUUUAAUGUGCAACAUGGCGAUUAUAUUUAAAUAAGUGCACGUCGUUUUGUUGUUAUUUCGCUUACGAAGAAAAGUGUGAUGAGCAGCAGUGGAUUCAGGGGAAGAGGAUUUGGACUACGGGGUGCUCGAUCGAAUGGUCCAAUCAAUGGAUUUAAUGGGCCCCGAUUUCCCCAUCCUGGGUUCAACUAUCCACGACCACCUCAUAGAUUACCUGGACUUGAAAAAUGGAUAGAGCAUCCUAAGUUUAUGUCAUGGCAACAAAAUAAAAAUUUUCAUCCUCAUCCACAAUACAGAGGUAAUUUACAGUUUCGACCGAAUAGCAGAGGACGUGCAGUAAGUGGUCGUGGAAUAGUAAGAUUUUCUGGUCCAGGUAGACCACCUGCUCCUCAGUUUUGCAUGGGUUUUAUAAGAAAUCCUGCAUCCAGAAUACCAUUAUUACAAGAGGAACAAGUGGAAGAUAAAUCUAUAACAGUUACACAUAUUCCUUUACUUGGUUCUGAAGAAGAACGGCAGCAAAAGAUUACAGAGACAGUUGAUAAGUUGAAGCAAAAAUUAUCUUCUAUAACAGAGGAAGAUCUUACAAAUUUUUGGGAAGAUGAUUUAUCUAUUUUACCAAAUAAUGGCUUUGAAGAGGAUAUUCAAAACAAGGUUAUUCCUGAACUUAGACAUGAGCCACCAGAACUUGACUUGACUUUUACAGACUUUAAAGAUAUAGGCAGAGUUGAUUGUAAUAAUUUAAAACUUGAUAGUACAGAUGAAACAUUUAAUGAUGAUGAAAUUACAAUUACUUUUGAAGAGAAGUCUAAAAUUAUAAAUACAAAUGAUGAAAUUAUCAUUGUAGAUGAAAAUAAAGAGGAAUCUUUAAAUACCUUGAAUUUCGUACAGAAUAAAAAUGUUUUGAAUCAGUCAGAUGUACUAGAAAAUGAUGAACAUCAUAAAAAAUUGCUUAAUGAUUUGCCUGAUCCUGAAUGUAACUCGGAUAAUUUAAAUUUGCAGUGCAAUAAUGUUACAGAAAAUUUAAUGUUUUCAAACUCGAAUGAUAUUAAUGAAAAAUCAUCAAAUUUAAAAGAAAAUUUAAUAAACUCGACAUCUAUAGAGUUAAUUAGUGAUCUAAUAACAGAAAGAUCUUCAAAUUUAAGUAAUGUGGAAACAAAAUCUGUGUCAGAAACAGCUUCAAAUAAUCAAGGAGCAUUACAAGUAGAUUUUCCACAAAAUCAAAAUCCAGUUGAAACAGACAUAAACGAUACAAACAAACGUAAUGUACAGGAUACUAUUAUACACCAAAUUGAUGCAGCAGAAAUACAGUUAGUUAAAAAUGAUCAUAUUCAGAAUGAUGUACAAACUAAUAUAUCUCAUAAAGAACCAUGUCAGAAUUUGGUAAACAUAUCUGAUCCUUCUCAAAAAGGUUUAUUUAAUAAUACACCUUCUAAUGAAGACAUUAAUUUGAACAUUGCCUGUGAUUCAAACUCUUUGGUAUGUCGAAAUUUCAGUGAAGUAAAUAAAUCGAAUGGCGAUAAAAAAUUGAAUAAUACACCUAUUUUUAAACCAAGAGUUUUCAAUGUGCCUCCUAGGUUUGCUCCAAGAAUUCAAGGCCCUAGAUGUCGAUGGCCAUUUCAACAAAAUGGAAAAAAUUUAUUUCCUCAUGGACCUCAAAGAUUACCUUUUCAUGGUAAUCGUAUAACUCCACCAAGACACGUUACACCAUUCAAGUCAAAUGAUUUAGUAUCAGUUGUAUAUGAUCCACGAGCACGACCACCAUUCACACCAAAUGUACCUGUUUCAAGCCAUAAUUCUCAACACGCUGCAUUACCGUCAUUUUCACCUAAAGAUUUUCCUCCUGCAUUUGAUCCAAGUGAACCUCCUCCAAAUAUAAGACCAAAAGUUAUUGAAUCAUCUAAUAUGCAAGAAAAUAUGCAAGUUAUAUCUUCUUUAGAUUCAAGAAAUCAAACAGUACAUAUUCCUCGAGGUAUAAAUACGAUACAACCACAUCCUACAUUUGAUUCAAGAGGACCACUCCUUCGAAUUCCAAAUGUAACAACAACUAAUGAUAAGUUACCUGAAUUCAAUCCUCAACAACCACCACCAAAAGUUCAUAAACGAGAUGAAACUCUUCAGCCACCGCCAAUCUUUGACCCGCGACUUUCUUCAAAGGAACGUUCUAAUUUGAUUGCACCAUUAGAUGCUUCAAGAUCAAACAUGAUAAAUUUAAUAGAAACAUCAUCUGUUUCGGAUUUUAGUAUAGCUUCAAAUUUUCCUCGACCACCUCUGGUGAAUAUACCUUCUCAUCAACCUUAUAUUUCUACUGUACAAACAAAUUUUCCACCUAUUUUGCCACAAACAAAUAAUGGACAAAUGAUGAUGAGAGAAUUUACACUACUUCCGUCAUCUAUAAAUAUUACUAGUGUUCCACUACCUCCACCAAAAGAAUCUCCAUUGGAACAAAACUCAAAUCCUAGUCAAGGUAUAAGUAUGGAUGAUGGAUUAGAAGAUAUGCAAGAAGCAAUGGAAUUUGCUAAACAAAUAAUGAACAUGACAGAAGAAGCAGAAAACGAAAAAGUAUCAUUAACACCAUCAGAGAUUCCUAUACCAAAUGAAAGUGCAUCCCAUUCUUCAGUAACAGAUGAAGUACAUUCUAAUGCAUUAAAGAAACAGAAGAGAAAAGAAAUUAGAAAAAAAAAAUGUAAACAAGGUGCAGUUUGUGGACCAGAGUUAAUUAAUGAAAAACCAGAAGAUAUUGAAGCAAAUGAGAAAGAACAAAAUCGAAAUAAAAAUAUUGAAGAGACAUUGUUAACACAAGAUCAAGUACGACCUAAAGUGGUAUUUAAUUUAAAUUCUAAAGCAAAGAAAAUCCACAAAUCAGAAGAAUGGCACAGGACUCCUAUAAGCAAUCAAGAAAAUAAGGAAACUUGCCAACAAGAUUCAACUCAAAAUUAUGAUAAACAAAAGGUGAUAUCUAAAAAAUAUCCUGAAAAUAAAAGGAAUAAUACUAAUCAAGAUAAGAAUAAACAAAGUGAAGAUAAUAUUGAAACAAACUCAGGAUAUCAGGUACAGAAUACAAACAUUUCUGUACAUGAACAAUUAAAUAAUACUCAUCAAGAUCAUACCAAAGGUUUGGAAAAGUCACAUCUACAUUCUUCAAAUGCAAUAAUACCAAAUAUGACCAUGAAUUUGCAAAAGAAUCAAAAGUCAAGAAAGGAGUCUAAAAAAGUGGAAGCUCCUACUUCAGAAUCUAUGUGGAAAAAUAGAGUGAUUAGUCGUUUUUUAAAGAUGAGUAAAAAUGAUAUUUGCAAUAUGGUUAAUAAUUCGAGUCUUCGCAAGUUCGAUAUUGCGAUGAAACAUUUAGUAAAAGAGAAAAGACCUUCUCUUUCUUUAGAAAUGAGGAACACAGAAGAUGAAAAAAUGAAAGAAUAUGAUAGAGAGGAAUUUAUGAACCAGUUAAAUGCAAUGCUGGAUCCAGGUGCUGUUGUGGGUAUCACAGAUUUACCAACAGAAUUCAUUCAUCAUUUAAGUGAAGUUUUACAGCUUGAUCCUAUGCCAUUUGAUCUUGAAUUUCCUGAAGCACAAAACUCAGAUGUUAAUAAAACUCCAAGUACAGAUCAAAAUGAUAUUUCAAACAUGAAUACCCUUAAAUGUUUAAAUAAAGAAACUAAAAUUCAGCAUCUGACAAACUUUCCAAGAUAUGAAAAUAUGUAUAUGGAAUCUGGAGAAGAUAAUUCGUCGUAUAACGAGGAAGAAUUAUCUUAUCUUUCUCUUUCACAGGAUAAUGUCAAUUCAUCAAAAAGUUCAUUAACAAAUAAAUUAAAUUCUGAAGCCGAAAACACAUGUAAGAAACAGCAACCGUUAUUCAAUGAAGCUGACUUGGAUGAUAUAUUGUCAGAAGUUACUGAUAAGUCAGAACAAAUUACAAAACAAAGUAUGAUUCAAUCCAACAAUGAAAUGUGCAAAAGUUCCUUGUUAAUGCAAACAGUAUCAAAACCUUUAGAAUGUAACGCGUUUUUGCAAAUUCCUAAUAAAACAGUUGCUGAUCUUGAUGAUAUUUUUUCAGCUGGAAUUGCACGGGUUAAAUCGCUUGGUAAAAGUACAGAUUUGGAUAAUUCAAGAACACGUAAGUGCAGUUCAGAAGAUAGAGGUACCUUUAGAUCUGAAAGGUAUGAAAGAUGGUACAGAAAAGAGCAAGAGGAUCCAGAUACAUUCAGAAAUUUAACAAAAGAAGAAUGGGAAGCUAAGUAUGGAUCUAUAAAUGCUACAGCAAGCUUAGCAGUUACACGACUAUGUGCCUCUAGUAGCGCUGAAAAUUUAAGUAUGGAAGACACAAGAAAUAAAGAAAAUAGAAAUUGUCGUGCACAAAGGUAUUGUUCAUCAGAUUCACCAAUGAGACAUUUAAGCUUGAGUCCCUCAACAUUUGAAGUUUCUAUAAGUAAUUCAGGUGUAUGUACAAAUGAAUCAGAAGAGAUACGAAGGGAUGACCAGUCAGGAAGUAGCAGUAGCGCUAGCAUGAGUAGUUCAAGCGAUAGCGACGAAGAAACUGUUGUCGCUCCAGAUGUGACAAAACUGUUGAAAGUUAUUAAGCAGAAAGAAAAGAUAGCAAAAAAACGUUCAGUCAAUGAAACGAUAAGAGACGAAGUGACUGCAGAGAUAGAGAAGAAAUGGAAAGAGAAGAGUAAAUACAAGGAACGCAAAUCUCGUAAACGUGAGAAAAGAAAAAAAGAUAGAAAAGAGAAACGUAAGAAGGAAAAGAAAAAACGAAGAAAUAGAAAUUCUCACUCUGAUACUUCAAGAUCCAGUGAACAAAUGGAAGAGUUCCGGUUACUCACAGAAAAUGAAAUAAAAAAGGAAGUGAUUAUUAAAGAGGAACCAGUAAGUACUUUCCAGGAGAAUGUUCCACUUAACAAUGAAAUUAAUCAUUCUUCUGUUGUUCCCAAUUUGGCUAAUAAGCCAGUUGAAGUGAUUUCACGAACUGAAUCUCAAAAUUCACAGUUAGAGAAACAACAAUUUUCUAGAGUUACAUGUGAUAUUACAUCGUCACAAAAUAGGAAUAAGCCAACUGUUCUUUCUAUAACUGUGCAACCAAAAACGAAAGCACAAUUAAAACAAAUGCCAGAGUUUAGUAAUACUCAAGAGAAACAAAUCAUAGAAAAGACAGUUGCAUUUACAAAGAAUAAUUUAAUAAACGCGGACAGUAAAAAGAUGAAAGAUCAAACAGAGAAAAUUAAACAUAAUGAAACUGUGGAGAAUAAUAAUGAACGAAUAGAUACUGUUCCGUCUAUGAAUAAUUCUUUUCAUCACAUUAAUGUUUCUGUAAAUAUAACCGAACCAUCUUUGUUCGUUCAACCACAGAUUGAAACUAAUAGUGAUAACAAUGAGGUGAAUACUAAAUUACUUAUGUGUAAUAGUUCAAAUUCUGUUAACGAAACUAAUGAAAAUAAUCAGUCCAUUGAUCAGAAAAUAGUUGCGGCGGGUGCUACUCUAACAGAAACUAAAAGUGGUUAUAAGAAAAUAGACAUAAAAGCAUACAAAGAACGCACACUGCAGAGGCGAUUGAAAGAACAAGCUAUGGCAAAGGAAAAUUCAGAAAGUUCUAUUGCGUAUUCUAAAAAUUUGCAUCAUAUUUCACCGAUAAGUAACUCCAAUACUGAAUCAUUGAAUAUAACAAAGGAGAUAAAAGCAAUAGAAGGUGAUGUAAAUAAAGGAUUGUUGAAAGAUCCACGAUUAGAUAAAACUAAAACAGCAAGUAUUCCAGAAGCUAAACAGAAAACUGAUGCAGGAGAAAAAUGUCAAAACAUAAUUAGUUCCCAAAAGAAUAAAGAAUCUUUAGUUCCUGUACAAUUAAAAAAUGUCAAUGAGUCAAGGUCUAAUGAAAAAAAGAAGAAUACAACUGAACUAAUUGAGUCUGAAAUAAAUACUCUUCAUAAUUCUGAUAAGGUACAUAAAAACAAUUUGCAAUCUUUUUCUAAACAUACAACUGCAGUUAGAGAAUUUGAUAAUGGGCGUAAGAAAUUAAAAACAUUACCAUCUACUGUUGAAUCCACUAAAUUUAAAAACAUUCGAUCAGAAGGAAGUAAAGAAUUGAAAUUGAAAAAAGAAAAGAUCAAAAAAUCUAUGGAAAAAAAGAAACAAUCUUUGACAAUAGAAAAACAGGCUGAUAAAAAAGUGAUUGAAGGUAUACAGGUGUCAUCACUUAUUAGUAGUACUAAUCAAACUAAAACUGAAAAGAUAGAUAAUUGUAAAAAAUGUGUAAGUUUAUCUGAACCACAAAUUACACAUUCUGAAACAUUUUCAAAUACAGAAUUAAUAAUUAAUAACGAACCUAAACACAAAGAAAUGAAUACUUGUUCCAUGACAGAAGAAACUGCCCAUGUACUAUCUACUAAUAAUGAUAUUACAAAUCAGGUCAAUGCAAAUGUUCAGCACCGUACGGAUCAAGAAUCGACAGAGAUUCAAAGUUCGAUAAAUUUGAAAAACAAGAAAACUAGUAUUAAGAACAUCGAAAAAAGUAUGAUGAAAGAUGUGUAUCCAGCUGAAAUGGAAAAUUUAACAACUCUCAGAACUCAAAAUAAUGUAACUUCAAGUAUACAAGAUGUACAAGCCUCAGAAGUUGUUAGUCAGAAGAGCAAUACACAUCUAGAAGCAAAAGUAAAUAAUCUUAAAAACCAAAAUAAUAAUAAACCUAUGCUUCAGUUGCAAGAUGAACAAAAUUCAAGUGAUUACGAUAAAGAUCUGGGAGCUAAAUCUCCAAACAGUCCAAAAAGUCCAUUUAAAGGUUUUCAUGUGGAAUCCAUUAAGGAAACUAUUCAUCAGAUAUCUGAGUUAGGUAACAAGAAUAGUCGAGAAAAUAUUCAAAAAUAUCCUGAGCAGUGCUUACAAUCAAAUCAUAAUAAUAAAUCCGUUAUAGAUUUAGCAAACAGUGAACAAACUACUGACAUUGAGUCUUCUAAAAAACGGAAAGACAGUAAUGAAACAUCGCCGGUUUGCAACUUACCAGAAAACCAACCAAGUUUUACUGAAAGUGAUAUUACUAGUAGAAUAAUUCAUGAUGAUUCAAACGUUACAGAUAAAAUUGAAAUUGGUAUGAAAACGUUAGAAACAGAAGAUAGUAAUACGCUGCAAGAGCAAGCUGAAUCUUCUGAUGCUAAUACAAAACACAAUGAUAAUUCGCCUAUAAUGAAUAUACACAAUCAGGAUACAUUUGGCGAAGAUAGUGAACCAUUUAUUGUCUUGGAUGAGUAUAUAGAUGAUGCAGAUGAAAAAUCAAUUGAAAAAUUAAGUGCACUUGAUUUAGAUCUUGAAGACUGUAUUGCAAGGGAUGCAGAUGUAUUUACGAGUAAACAUCAACAAGAAAAAGAUUCUACAAAUAGUGUUAAACCAUCAAAUUUCAAUUCACUUGAUUUUAAAGAUUUAUCAGAAGUCUUUGAUAAAAAUAAUGAUCGAGAGGAAAAUCAGAAUAUUCUUUCAAAAGAAUUCACUCAUGAAGAACCAAUUAUAAAUUCUACAAAUGUGGUUUCUAAAUUAAAUUUAGAAAUAACAAAAAAUUCUAAAUUAGUUGAUUCCAUUGUUCCAGUAAUUCCAGCAAUAACUAAGCAGAAUAUUGAAACAGAUAUCGCUAAUAUACCAAAAAAUAAUUCACAGCAUAAUUCUGAACGAUUUAAGGUAACAAGAUCAAGAGCUGCUUCUAUUGAAAGUGAGACCUUACUAAAGUUGAAUGUUCCAACAAAAACUGUUAUAAGAAAAUCAUUAGAAAAUUUAUCUGCAGUGGAUACACCGUCAUUUGAAACGCAAGUUGAGUUUCUAAAAUCGAACAAACAAUUAAAUAAUAGCGAACAAAGAAAUAAACGAGACUUGAACGAUAGUUUAGUAGAUAAAUUAGUUUCAACAACCACAUCUGAAAUAAAAACACCUACUAAUAAAGAUGUACGUUUCGAUUCAACUGCAGAAGAAGGUAAAUUAAAAAGUGUAAGUAAAGCAACUUCAAAAAAAUUAGACCAAAGAGAAGGAAAUGAAACGUUACAUAAAGUAAAAAAUAAAUCUAAAAUGAAACAUACAAAACGAAAGAAGCGUGAUGUUUCAAAACAGUUGAUAGCGGAAACAGUAAAUUCAGAUAUUACAGAAGUUAAGUAUCCAAAUACGAAAGAAACUAUCAUGGCCAGAAUGAUUGAGAUUGAUGUUGAGAUUCACAAGUUAAUGACAGAGAAAAUGACUUUAUAUCAAAUGCUGACAAAUGGCACUACACCAACUGAGAAUAAUUUGCACCAAAACAAUAUGGUACACACAAGUAAAGAAAUAGAAGUACCCAUAGUGAGACCUCGAACACCAUCUGUAUUAAUGUCACAAUUAAUUCAGAAUCUUGAAACUAGUCCUGUAACAAAUCCAUGUGCCAAAAGAAGUACAGGAACUGCAUCUGUGAAGGAUACUAUGGUUAAUUCUACACAAUGUGGUACAUCUAAGGCAUCUUCUAAACAGGAACAUAACACUGAAAAGAAGGAAUCUCAUACUUUCAUUUGUGAUUCUAAUGAAGAAGAAAUCAUAAAUACAAGUAGUAAUAAAUUAUUAACUUCAAAAAAGAAGAAGAAACAUAAAUCUGAAAAGACAAUUAAAAAAUUGGAAAACAAAUCAGAUAAUAAUAUGUCCACCACUGAUUUACAAAAGACAGCUGUAGAAAGUAAACAAUCUAAUGAACAAGACUUCAGUCACAAUUCAUUACAUGAAAUUGAUACUCAAGAAGACUCCAACAGGAUAUCUACACAAAAAGUUAAUAAAGAGAAUACACUGAACAAUGAUAAAGCAGAGUUAGAUAUUGAUAAAGUAAAUGAAAAAUCUGACGAAUCAACAGAAUCUACGAUCUUCACCAAUGUUACAGAUUCAAAGAUUGAGAAAACUUGUUCAGCAAAAGAUAAUGAAAACAUAAUAGAAACUUCUAAUGUUAAAGAUUUAAGUUUAAAUUCAGUGAUAAAACCAUUAGAUAAUAAAAUACUAGAGAGGUCACUAAUAUAUUCGGAUGAUAGUACUUGGGAUACUCUUCUUCAGAAUUCAAGUACUCAUAAUAAAAAGAAAUUAAAUACAGGUCUUGCCCUUUUGGAGGAAACGUACAGAAAAGAAAUAGCAAAAACGCGAAAAACAAAAAUUGAAUCACGAAAGAAGAAAAAGAAGAAACUGCAGAAUGUACCAGAGGUUGUAAAUACAUUAACUCCCGAAGAAGAAGAAUUACCACUGUCUGCACUAUGCGCUAAAAAAUUACAUAAAAAGAAAAAGUUACUUAAUUCUCGAGAUCAGCAACCAGAACAAACAGAUACUGAUCAACAACUUUGGAAAAAUGUGGUUGAAGUAAUAAAUGCUGUCGCAAAAAAUAGAACAGAUCAGCUUUACAUGGAAGGAUCAGAAAGACAAUCAAGUGGUGAUUCUGGAGAUGUUGUACUUGACAUAGAAAGGAAUGCAAUAUCAAAAUCGUUAGAAGAAAAAGAAAACCAAACAGUAUUUUCCUCCAUAUUAAACAGUACUAAAGAUAAUGCAAGUAAAAAUCUUGACAAAAACAAUUUGCAAUUAAUAUUGCCUUCUGAUAAAUCUCAACACUAUGAAGAAUCAGGUGAACAAAAUUUGGAAGCUGAGGUAACAUCAAAAUGUACAAGUAACUUGUCUGAAACAACUGUAAGUAUUGAAAACAAUAUAAUAGAACCUCUGAUACAAAAAACUGUGGAGAAUGAUGGCAUAGAAAUUAAUCAAUUACAUUUAAUUGAGGAUUCAGAUAAUACAAAUAACAAUCGUAAUACAUUUGAUAUUUCACAAGCAAACCUACACGAAGAAAAAGUAGAUAAAUUAAAGGAAUUAAAUGUACAAAAAAAAGAUAUUAAUAUUAAAAAGAAUCUUACAACGGAUGAACCUUCACUACAAAUGGUAACAAUGUUGCAGAACUCCAAGAAAAAUGAAAAUUUAGUUGAAUCUAAUAACUGUAAAAAUUUAACUACAUAUGAAAUUGAGAAGGAAGAUUAUAAUUUCACAGGAGAGAAAAAUAAACAGAACAAUUCUUCAAUUUCUGACCAAAAACAUGUCACUGAUACUUCUAAAGAAGUUAAUUAUGUAUCUGACAAUGAGUACUUUAUGAAUCUCAAGAAACAAAAAAGUAUACAAAAAUCAAAAGCUGUAAGUGAAGAAAAUAAUAACAGCAGUUCAGAUAUGUUAAAAGCUGGAGAAACAUCAAGUAAAAGAGUGCCCAAACGUAAAAGAAACCGUAAAGUUGCUGUUCGAAGAAGUUCAAGGUAUACAGAAGAAACUGUAAAACAUAUAAAAUUGGAAACUGAUGGAAAUUCUCAGGGUAUAGAACAAGAACUUCCAUGUCAGAAAAAUGUUCAAACGAUUUUUCCAAAAAUAUCUGAUACACCACUGCCUGAGAAAGAAAUGGAGAAUGCACAGUUGAAUGCUAAAAAGUUCAAGCCUCAGAAGUCAGUGUUUAACAAGAAAAAGUAUAGACCUGGACCUCCGGUGGUUGAAAUUCCCACUGACCAAUUAAUUCCAAUAGAUGAAUCGGUAAAAGAAAUUAAAAACUGCAAACAGUAUAUUGUAUCAGAAACAAAGAAUUGUGAAGUGAGAUUGGUAGAUUGCAAACAUACAAUUUUAAAUCCAAAUGUGAGACCCAAUGUAUUGCAAAAAUAUGGAAUUUCUACAAUUAACUCUUGUCCAUAUCUUAAUUCAACUCAAACAGAUUCUGUUACAAAUAUUGUACAAUCAACGUCAACCAAAGACUUACUGAAUAGUACAUGUGUAAAACGAAAAAUUUCAAUAACCGAGGAAUGUGUGCAAAGUCAACCAGCAAAAUUGGUCAGAUUUGAAGAAACACAACCAUCGAAUAAUGAAAUAGAUGUUGCUGAUAUUGAAAAUGAUAAUGAAGAGUAUACGAAUCUUCAAGUUGAUGUUAUGCCAAUUUUAACGAAAGAGCCGGUUGUAAUAAAUGUUCCAGAGAAUUGUGAUAAACCGGAGAUCGAGAUCGUAGAAGAAAAAACGACGUCGACUAUAAACCAACAGUGUAGUAAUUCUGAGUCAACAUUGACUGUGAUAGAUACGAACGAUGAUAAAGAAUUACCAAGGAUACAAUAUACGGUUCACAAAGGACCGAUUUUAGAUAUUAAGGUUUUUGAGAAUUCAUUCCUAGCUGCAAGUGAGGAUGGCAGAGUAUAUAGGUAUAAUCAAGCAUCCAAUGGAAUAUUAAACAUCUAUAAAGGUCAUAUGGCAGCAGUAACUUGUUUAUAUGUAUAUAAUACAAUGGGUGCGGAUAUUAGUAAAGAAUGGAUGUUUUCUGGUUCAUUGGAUGGAACUUUACGGUGUUAUAAUAUCACAACUGGAGCACAAGUAAGAGACACUGCAGACGUAGGUAGCCCGAUACAAUGUAUGGAUGAAGCAUGGGGGAUAAUCUUUAUUGGUACAAAAUCUGGUCAUGUAUCACGUUACCACGUGAAGUCAGGUGUUAUUAAAGGAAACAGUAUACAGUUCUCAGAUAAAUCUGUACUAGCUUUAAAAGCAACUAACGAGGGUCCACGAAAAGUUCUCAUUGUAGCAUCGCGUAGUCAGCCAAUAACUAUACGUGAUGCUCAAAAUGGCCUAUUUCUUCGUACAAUUUGCGGUCAAAAGAGUCACACAGUGUAUAGUCUAAUGCGUGAUAAUAAUUUAAUUUAUUGUGGUACGAGUAGUACAUCUAUACCCGUAUUUGAUUUUACGAAUGGCGAACAAAUAUUACAGUAUGAUGCAGGAGUAGGAAUUGUAUGUAUGCGUCUCUACAAACAAUUACUGUUUGCUGGAUGUUACGACGGAAAUAUUUAUGUAUUUGAUACAAAGGAUCAUCGACUCGUGUGCAGUAUAGCUGGACCAGGCAACAUGUUAUUAAGUAUGGAAGUUAUAGACAAUAAGAUCAUAGCAGGUAGCAAAGAUAAACGUUUGCAGUCAUGGCAAAUGCCAAUACAAGUACGAACAUUACUACAGGUGAAUCAACUUUAAACUAACACCUAAUCCCUAGUCUAGUCGUGCUCCUAAAAAAAAAGUAUUGAUUUACUUUGGAGUGCAUCCUAUGUUUACAAUUAACUUCUAUAAAAUAAUUGUACAAAUUAAAAAAGACUAGAUUUGUAAUAUGUAUAUACACACGUAACAUAUAGAUAUAUACAUAAUCUUAUUUACGAAAUGAUGCACAUAUAUAUAAAUACGUUUGUACAGAAAAUUAAAUUAUUGGUACUGCGACGAAAUCGACAUAUUUACGAUACAUUAGAAAAUUAUACUAGAUUCUUGUCUGUAAAAAGCGACAAAACAAAAGAUAUUUAUUCGAUUUUAUAAACUCGCGCUACCGAGGACAAACCUCUUGUGCCUUGUGCGCGUUACGAAGUGCUUUUUUUUGUAUUCUUGAAUAGAAGCAUAAAUAAUAAAUGAAUGAAACUAAAAAUUGCACUUUACAAUUCAAAAUUU